AUGCUUAAUUAUAUUCUAAAGCAACCCGUAUCUGAAGGCCAAAAUUAUGAUGACGUCAUUUGGGAUGUUUUUGAACUUAACCGUGACCAGAUAACGUUGGUAAGAAUACUGGGUACUGGUAAUUUUGGUCAAGUUUCCAAAGCAACAUUUGGAGAUUCGCAUUUGGAGGUAGCAGUCAAGUCCCUAAAAGAAACCGCCCAGCAGAAGGGCAUACAGGACAUGCUCAUUGAAUUAGAGGUUAUGAAAUCGAUGCAGCCUCAUCCCCAUGUUGUCAGACUUAUUGGUUGCUGUACGGAAAAAGAUCCGCUUUUGAUUGUUUUGGAGUAUUUACCAUACGGUGACUUGUUAGGAUACCUGCGCAAGAGUAGAGGACAUGAGGACACGUACAACACAGGAGAAAAAAGACCAAAUUCCAGACUCACUGAAAAAGAACUGUUAUCUUUUGCUUGGAUGAUAGCUGAUGGCAUGAGCUAUCUGGCAACAAUGAAGGUUGUCCAUCGUGAUUUAGCCGCUCGUAAUGUAUUGGUAGGUGAAAACAAAGUCUGUAAAAUUUCCGACUUUGGAUUAGCACGCGGUUUAGAAGGAGUUGUUUACACGAGAAGAACUCAGGCCCGUCUUCCAGUUAAGUGGAUGCCUCCAGAAUCUCUAUUCUUUGGUGAAUCUAGCACUAUGAGUGACGUAUGGUCCUAUGGAAUUGUGAUGUGGGAGAUGUUCACUAUCGGUGAAUCGCCUUAUCCUGGUAAAAAGGCUCGACAAGUCGCUGACCUGCUACAGAGAGGAUACCGCAUGCCAAGGCCAAGACAUCUUGCCAAAGAAUUGUACUCCAUUAUGACCGAGUGUUGGGAAGAGCAGCCUCGUAAAAGGCCAACAUUCAAGUGGCUCCGUAAUGCAGUCAGAAGAUUACUGGACGACAAAAAGGUUUCUAAAUUAUACACAUGA